AUAGAAUACGAAAAAAAUCUAUAAAUAAAAUAAAAAUGGAUCAGAAUAUGGAGUUGUUCGUGAACGGGGAGUUCCUGAUGGCCGAGUUCGAGUUCGAUGACAAUUUGGUGGUGAACAGCGAUGAAUUGCAGCCGGGAGCCACUGUGCUGGUGUCCAAUGAGACCGAUGGCAUUGUUAGCCACGAGGAUUUGGCCAAGUUCUUUGAGAUGCAGGCCGGCGUACAGAUACCCACCGAGGAGGCUGUAGAGCGCACACUGGCCGAUCCGGCCCUGAAGCAAAUCCUGCAAGAGGCUGAUGGCAAGGUCGAUUUUGAUCCGGAGGCCGAGCAAGAGAAGUUGCGUGAAUUUCUGUCGGGAGUGAAUAACAAGAAAAUGGUCGCAGACAAUGACGUGCCCUCCGAGGUGGCUCAAAAGCGGCUUCCAGCGCCGUCCCAGCCGCGUCCUGUGAUGCCGCAAUCGAACGCCUUUCGCUUCAUCAAGUGCUCCAAUUGCAACGGCCUAUUCGACACGCCCUCAUUUCAGGAUCACAGCUGUGAAUACGAGACGGAGCAGAAACCCAUGUCCAGCAAUCGGGUGCUGCCAAGUCAGGAGAAGAAGGCGUCUUCGCCAACCAAGAAAACGCCCAGUGAACGCAUCAUCGUGGAGAACCAGGUGCGCAUACGUCGCUAUAUGAAGGACGAGCUUAAGUAUGAUCUGGAAACGGGUUUCGAUAAUUCCAAGACCAGGAAGACCUCCACCAAGGGACCCAACGAGUGCACCAUCUGUGAGCGAAAGUUCGUGCACACCUCCGGACUGGUGCGUCACAUGGAGAAGCAUGCGCUCGACCUGAUCCCCACCCAGGCAAACGUGCAGCAACACCAUGCGGCUCCGUCGGCUAUGGGGCUCCUGGUGGUGCUGAAGUGCAAUCAUUGUGGCCGCAUCUUCUACGAUGUCAAGCUGGCGCUGGAGCAUAUAUUUGUGCAUCAAUCGACAACGGAGCCAGCCGAGCCAGAGGCUAUCAAUACGGACGAGGUGGUUUUGAAGCAGCAGCUGGAACAGCUUCUGCUGGAGGGCGAGCAGCUGUUGACACUUACCGCCGAGCUGGAGAGGAUGAACGAGGACGAAUAUUUCACCACCCUGGUGCUGGGCAAUGUGCUGCAAUGCGAAUUUUGUGAUUUCAUCUUUGCCGAUGUCUCCUUUCUGCUAUUUCACUCGGCUACGCAUGUGCCGGAGCGGCGCUUCGAGUGCACCGCCUGCGAUCUGCGCAUGACCACCGCCAAGGAGGCCAGCGUGCACUACCAGACCGACUGUGUCUAUAUGCGCGAAGGACUCAAGCAGUUGCAGGCGCAACCCAAUCGCUAUUUUGUGUGCAACGUGUGCGAGCUGAAAUUCGCCAAUGUGGAGCUGCUCCAGGAGCAUCGCUACAGUUGCUAUCACUACUUUCCGCGGCUCAGCGAGAGCGGCAAGCGUCUGGUGUUGCCCUGCGAGUUCUGCGCCACGAACUUUGAGUACGCGCACGAGAUCCAGCCGCACUACGAGGAGAAGCAUCUUAACAAAAAGAAACGGGAGAAGGAGCUGCGGAACAGCGGCAAUGCGGCCACCAUGGGCCGACUGCGGCAGUAUCUGUGCGACAUUUGUGGCAAGUCCUACACGCAGUCCAGUCAUUUGUGGCAACACCUACGCUUCCACCAGGGUGUGAAACCAUUCGUUUGCCAGGAGGAGAACUGCGGCCGCAAAUUCACCAUACGCCCAGACCUCAAUGAUCAUAUACGCAAGUGCCACACGGGCGAACGGCCGUAUCAUUGUCUGGUCUGUGGCAAGCGCUUUCUCACCGGCUCGGUUUUUUAUCAGCACCGGCUCAUACAUCGUGGCGAGCGGCGUUACGAGUGCGAUGAAUGCGGUAAGCGUUUUUAUCGUGCCGAUGCCUUGAAGAACCAUCAGCGUAUCCACACGGGCGAGAAGCCCUACGAUUGUCCCUUCUGCACCAAGACGUUCCGGCAGCGUGGCGAUCGGGAUAAGCACGUGCGGGCGCGUCACUCGCACUUGGAUGCAAAUGCACGGCUGAUGAUGCAAAUGCAGAAAUUUGAACUGGAAACGGCAGCUGCGUUGAAGGCUAAGCAAAUGCAGGAUGGCGGAGUUGAAUUUUUGGUUGAAUCGGCCUCGGCUCCGUCUGUUCACUCACCCGCAUCUCCCAUGGCGCAUGAUCAACAAUUUGAUAUGGUUGAGUUGGAUCCCAGUGAUUUUGGCGAGGGAUCCGAGUUCGUACAAAAUAUGCCAAUGCCUGUUAACAAUGAGGAGCAUGAGAUAAUGUCCUAUGUGGACCUAGAGGGAGCAGAAGCAAUCGAGCAGCAAACAUUCCAAUUGGAGAACAAUGAAAACGUCAAGGUUGUUGUGGUUGAAAAUAAUACUUCACAGCCGUUUUAUUUCUAAUAUACGUGUCUAUUUAUAAACACAUAAAUAAAUAUAUG